AGAUGACUGCACUGUUAAAAAUAAUAAUGGAACGUAUUUUUUGAACGCGUUGUUCAGAAAAAGAUCUCUUGUCGAUAUCGCUAUUAUUAGUGUCUGAACUGUGGCCGCAAAAGAAUACAAGUAAGUAUUUCGAUUCCUUCGACAAUGGAGAAGGCGAACGACGUUAAUAUUCCGGAGGACUAUCAAGACAACACGCCUCCGUCUUCUACGAGUAUGCACUAUUUUAGGGCUAGUUUUGAGAGGGCAUGCCCCGACCACAACGGCUUCGUCACACUUGAGGAUCUCGAAACCAGCAUCUCCAGAAUCAGUUUUUCUGAAAAGCCAGUUCCACACUACAUAGCGCAAAAAUUUCGCCAAAUCGCACGUCUGAGUUGGAACGAACUCGGAAACUUGAUGAACGACCCAAAAUUUGAAUCCAGUUUCAACUCAUACGUCACCAAAAAUGCGGAUUUUAAUACUACAAAAAGGCUGCCAAGUGUCUUCAAUUCGUGUUGGCCUCCAGGGGUCUCAAUGACAAUAAUUUCUAUCAUCCAGGUUAUUGUCUUCUUGGUCGAUGAAGUCAAUUCUACGACGAGACCCAUGGGUAAAGUGUUGUUUUAUGACCCGGCCCACAGAUACGAGUUUUGGAGAUACUUGACGUAUAUGUUUGUUCAUACAAGAUCUGUGCCUUGCGUUCUCACCCUUAUAAUACAGAUGACUUGGGGCACCUAUUUCGAAAGGGUCAACGGUUGGCGGCGCACUCUCGUCUACUACUUUGGAGCAGCGGUUAGUACCUCCUUGGGGGUGUCCAUAGCAGUACCCACUUUCAAACUAACAGAGGGCACUUUCAUCGCACUCUUGUUUAUGGUUUUAAAUGUUGCCUUUCCAAUCAUGGACUGGGUCACUACGAGAAACCGAACAGUACGAUUCAUAUUUUUCACCCUUGCGACUGGUUCAAGCAUCGCUAUUUUAAUCUUUAGCGUGUCAUAUAGUAUGCACUUUUUGUAUUUAUUUGGAGUUGUGGCAGGUGUCUUAGUCAGUCUAGUUACCCCCGAGAAUUUAAUAGUUACAAAGAGACAACAUACAAUUUGGUGGAUUGUUGGGGCUAUUUAUAUGAUACUGAUGUUGGUUUUCAUCUUCUGGAACAUUUUCUAUACUGAUUAUUUCCCGAAACAAGUGUAAAACGACUUUUGUAGCGAAUUUUUAAUAAAAAUG